AUGACAACAACAGAAACAACAAGUUUUAAAGAAGAAUUUAAUGAGUUAAUUCAAUUAGAAGAAGAGAUGAAAGAAAAUGGGAAAAAAUUUGAAAAGUAUUAUAGUAUUUUUACACCUGAAGUUAUCAAGAAAACAAAAAUAAGUAAAGAAGAGUUAAAUGAAAUGUUUCCAUCCAAUUUAGAAACAAUCAAAUCAAUUCAUCUAUCAUUAAGUGAAUCAUUAUAUUCAAUAAAAAAAAUGUAUGAAGAAUAUUUUCAAGGAAAUGAAGAAAGAAAAGAAGUAAUAUCAGACAUUAUUAUUAAAGUAGUAAUGUUAUAUGAUGAGAAUUUAGAUAAUAUUUUAGUUAAUUAUACGUCAGUAUAUCAUAAAUUAUGUAUUGCACUUUAUGCAUCAGAACAUUUUUUCCCUAAAUUACCUAAAAAAAUAAAAAUUAAUAAAGAAUAUACAUUAGCAAUGGUUUAUAUUAAAUACAUAGAAUAUGUCUCAAAUUUAUUUAAAACAUUUGUUGGUAUUGUUCAACAUCUUUCAGGAAAUGAUCCUAAUUGGAAUAAAUCAUAUGACAUUGUUUAUGGUUUACAAAUUAUUGAUUCUUCUCUUAAAGCAAUUUAUUCUACAUAUCCAAAUAUUAUUAAAAUUAUGAAUUUAAGAAAACAUUUUAAAUGUAGUGAUUAUUUUCCUACUGAUCGUAUGUUAUUACAUGAAGAUCAAGUUAUUCUUAAAUCACUUAAAAUUGAAGUCAUUUCAGAUGAAGAACUAAAUCAACAAUGGGUUCAACAAUGUUUUGAUGAAUUAAAUAUCCCUAUUUAUUGCUUUUUAUUUGAAGAUACUAUUUUAUUAAUUUCUUCUGAUCAAAAACAACAUCAACCAUUACAAUAUUGGUUAAAUGAUUGUCAAAUAGAAGAAUUACCUGAAAAUGAAUGUCAAAUUUUUGAUCAAAGUGAUGUAAAGAAAGAAACUACUAUUUUAUUAUUUAAUGAUUUAACUCAAAAAAAAGAAUGGAUUGAUAUUGUUACUUCAACUCAAAUCCAAUGUAAAUGUAAACGAUUAUUUGGUAAAAGUCUUGAAACAUAUAUGAAAGAAAAUGAACCUGAUGAAUCAUUAUUAAUUCCACAAGCAAUUGACCAAUGUUUCUUUGUAUUAGAUGAAGAAGGAGUAAAAGAUCCUUUUGUAUUUAAAAGAAAAGGUGAUGGAAAGAUAAUAAAUAAGAUUAUUCCAUUGAUUAAUUUAGGAAAAGAUUUUGAAAUACCUAACGCAUUAAUUGCAGCUGAUAUUAUUAAGAUUUAUUUAAGAAAUUUACCUGAACCAUUACUUCCUUAUGACUCAAUUCCUGAACUUAUUGAAGAAACACCAGAAAAAAAUAUUGUUUUAAUCAUUCAAUAUAUUGAUAAAUUACCUUUAUAUAAUAAAGCACUCUUAAAUCGUUUAAUGAAACUUUGUUAUAGAAUUUCAUUAAAUCAUGAAGAUACUCAAAUGGAUUCAUUAACACUAGCAAAAAUAUUAGCACCAAAUUUAUGUUGGUCAAAAAAUGAAGGAAUUACUGGAAAUAUUUAUACAAUGGUUGAAAUGUUAAUUGCAGAAUAUCCUUCUAUUUUUGAAAUGAUUGAUAAAACUUUAGAAGAACGACAAACAGCUAUUUUUGUUGCUAAUAACAAUGACGAAAAAGAAUAUUUUGAAGUAAAAGAAAAAUUAAGACAAGAAUUAGUAAAUGAAGAAAAUGGUGAACCAGAGCUAAUAAAUGAUAAGAAUGAAAGUAGUUAUGAUUCUGAAAAUGAAACCAAUUAA